UUAAACGGUAAACUCCAGGAAGCGAAAUGUCGUACAUGGUGGGGACUUUUAUAACGCCUUAAAGGUGACUCCACUUGACAUUACAAACAGUAUGUGAUAUUGCGUGCAGUUUUUACUGUAUACACAAUAUAUACUAAUGAAUUAAGUUGACGUUCUUUGUGGUGAGCAUUAUGAAUGCGAGGACAAUAAUUAUCAGAUGGAGGAUGAUGGUAUCCGGUUUCCUAACAAAACGCUAUAUAUAAGGAGGAAACCGAGACAAUUUUGAGAGCUUCUGUCAUCGGAUCAACGAAAUAAAUAUUUGAAAGCCUUAGUUAAAGAUCGACAAGAAAGCGGGAAGAGUGAAGUGCAGAAAGUUGAGGAUACUCUUUACAGUCUUUCAGAUCAACUACGGAGGUCAGUAUGAAAGACGAAAAGGAAAAUAACGUCACAAUCGCCAUGGAUAAAUAUGACCGUAGGCCAUCUGCUUGGUUUAGGGAUAGUUUUGGUCUGUUAGGAAAAUAUGGCAAAAUUUCCAAAGAUCAAUUCAUCCGAGCCUCUGGUGAUAUUGGGGAUUUUAGCUCGAAGCUGUACGCUAUGUUUGAUGCGAAAGAUCUUGGAUACGUUCAAGUUCAAGAGAUCGUUGGAUCUCUUAGAUUGUUAUCUCAGCGUACAAAAACGAACAAUGGAAAAGGAAAUACAAAGCCGCUAAAAUGGCUUAGCAACAGAUUAGAAAACUUGUCUGACGCUAACGGUAAUAUUGACGCUGAGAAAUUUAAAGAAGAGUUGAGACAACCGCAGUUUAUAGAAAAUAUCUUCAAAUUGAUGGAUGUAAAUAAUGAGGGUGAAAUUAGUUUAAGCCAGAUCGUUGCUGCCAUGGAUAGACUUGAAUGUUCAACAGCAGAUUCCAAAUGGUACGAAUGGAUUGAAGAAAAAUUCUCAGUCGAUAGCAACGAAUCACGAUUGAUAACUCUUGAGCAAUUCAAGAAGGGAUUGCACAUUGAGAAGAGUUUCUUUGCUGAACGUUUCUUCUCCCUGUUCAAAGCGGACUCAACGAAUGAGGAUGAUUCUAUAUCUAUGCGAGAUCUUUGUCAAGGCUUGGAAUUACUGACAAAUGGAAGUCAAAUUGAUAAAUUGCAAUUUUUGUUCAAAGUUUAUGAUAUCGAUGGAAAUGGUGAGCUUGAUCGUGGCGAGAUGAGAACCGUUCUAGAAUCGUGCGUUGAAGAAAGCUCUCUAAGUAUGGAUCACCAGCAACUGGAAGAAUUAACGGAGGUCUUGUUUGAGGAGUCUGAUACAGAAAGGAAAGGAUUCAUCACGUUUGAUGAGUUACGAAAUUUCUUAGACAAAUUUCCGGGAAUCGCUGAAAAUUUAACAAUCAGUGCUGGCAAAUGGCUAACUCCACCGACCAAACCAAAGAAGAAACCAAUCUCUCGUUACAUUCCGAAAUACUUCACGUGGAAUUACAUAAGCAACAACCCAGAUCGUGUUGGUUUCAUCUUCGUUUACCUCUUGAUUAACGCCGCUCUUAUGAUAUGGGUUGGAAUAGUACGAGCUCCAAUGGGCGUUUUCGUAGUCCUGGCUAGAAUUCACGGAAUGUGCUUAAACCUGAAUUGUACUUUCGUUCUUGUGUUAAUGUUGAAACUUUGCUUAACGUGGGUGAGGACGACAUGGUUCAGGAAUGUUCUGCCUAUCGAUGAUCAUAUAAUGUUUCACAAACUCGUCGGCUUCUUUAUUGCCUAUCUCAGUUUUGGACACACAAUUGGUCAUCUUGGCUUUUAUAUUUCUACUCCCGAAAUUAACGGAACCCAGAUCGCAGUUUGGGAAUAUCUUUUCACAACAAAAGCGGGCCAAGGAUGGUUUCAUGGAAGUGCCGGGAUAACAGGACUAAUAUUAUUACUCAUACUUAUCGUCAUGGUUAUUUGUUCUCAGCCAUUUGUUAGAAAUAAAGGAUAUUUUGAGCUGUUUUACUGGACUCAUCAUCUUUUCAUCGCCUUCUGGGUGUUAAUCAUACUCCAUGCUCCAAAUUUUUGGAAGUGGAUCAUUGUUCCUGGCGUGCUGUACAUUAUUGAGAGAGUCAUUCGUUUGCGUUGGUUCAACUUGGCACGAUAUGGACCAACAUAUAUUGAAGAAGGCAUAACAAUGCCAUCCAAGGUAACACAUUUAGUCAUCACUCGACCUCCCAACUUCAAAUAUAAACCAGGAGACUAUGUUCACAUCAAUAUUCCAGCCAUAGCACAAAACGAAUGGCAUCCAUUUACAAUAAGCAGCUCCCCGGAACAAGAAGACGUUUUAUGGGUGCAUGUCAGAGGUGUUGGCACAUGGACGAAAAAAUUAUACGAUUAUUUUGAAGAAGAUAUUAUGGAAGAAGGCCGACAUCGUUUGGUAAAUAACUCUGUUGCCAUUAGGCGGGAAAGAACUUUCAGAAUAAAGGAUAAGAAAAGACACAAGCAAGAUGACAUCGGUACAGAAAAUGAAGGUGCGGAAGCUGAUGAUGAAAAUCGCAAUGGAGAUGUUGUUGAACAGGAAAAAUCAUCAACUGUUGUGCGACAACCUGUGAGACAGAGAAGGAAGAAGUUGAGGAUCUAUGUCGACGGACCAUACGGUGCUCCUUCUGUCCAUAUAUUCGAAGCAGAACAUGCUGUUUUGAUAGCUGGUGGAAUUGGUGUUACUCCUUUCGCAUCUAUCCUUCAAAGUAUUAUGAAGAAAGUCCAAAAUGCUACAAUAGAUUGUCCAAAUUGUGAGCAUAAAUGGGUUGGAAUGAUUCCAGAAGGAUUACAGAAACUAAAGAAGGUUGAUUUCUUCUGGAUCAAUCGUUGCCAGCGUUCGUUUGAAUGGUUUCUGAGUUUAUUGAACGAACUGGAAGUGGAGCAGUGUUGUCAGAGGCUGACAAAAAGUUUCUUGGACAUGCACAUCCACAUGACUUCUGCUUUAAAGAAAGAUGAUAUGAAAGGAAUCGGACUUCAGCUAGCGCUUGAUCUAAUGCACGCGAAGAAAUCAGUUGACAUGAUCACUGGUUUAAGAACGAAGACCUCGCCAGGACGACCAAACUGGGAUACGGUGUUUGAAAAAAUCUCGAAGGAAAAACGGGGAAAGGUAACAGUGUUCUUCUGUGGUGCUCCUGUGAUGGGUAAAGUUAUUAAAAUUUACUGCAGGAAAUACGGAUUUGGAUUCCGCAAAGAGAACUUUUGAUCACGAAGUUUUUGUGCACAUUUUACUUUGAUUGAUAGACUAGUUGUAAAUAUCAAAUACUAUUAAGUCACAUGAUAUGAAUUAUU